GGAGGAGGAAGCGAAGGAGAAAGUGAAGAGCAGCGGGGUCUCCGGCGGUGGCACCGCGCCCGGGUGGCCCCCAGGACCGGCCGGCCAUGGCCACGGCGGGGUCGCCCCCGCCCGACGAUCUGGCCUCUCUGCUGGACGCCCUGGCCUACCUGCCCGGCCACUUCCACCUGGACCUGAAGGUGAACGAGGAGCCGUGCGGGCCGCCCGCUGCGCGGCGCGACCUGAAGCUGAAGCGGGACUGCCUGCGCGUCGAGCUGGGGCCCGGGCCCCCGGGGGCCGGGCCCGGGGCCAACCUGCUGGGGGUCUUCGCCUUCCACCUGGACCAGCUGGCCGAGGCCCGGGACGCCUUCCUGGCGGUGGCCCAAGCCCAGCCCCGCAACCUCAACGCCUGGGCCAACCUGGCCGUCGUCUUCGACCGGCUGGGCCAGGAGGGGGAGGCGGCCCGCUGCGCCGAGACCCUGUCCGGCCUGAUGGGGCUGGCCGGGGGGCCCGGGGGCCCGGGGGGCGUCCCGGGGGAGGCGGCCCUCGGAGCGGCCCGCUGCCUGGCCGAGCAGGGCUACGCCUACGCCUUCGACCUGGGCUUCGCCGACGACGCCGACCGGGCGGACAAGCUGUGCUCGGGCAUCGCCUUGUACGAGCAGGCGCUGGCCUACGGGCGCCAGGUGCCACUGGAGGAGAAGCGGAGCUGGUACUUCACCAUGGCCACCCUGCUCAUCCGGCUGGACGGGAUUUGGCUGAACCAGGGCCAGACAGAUGAGAAGAGGCUACCGUCCUUCAACCGGACCCUCCGCCUGCUCCAGCAAGUGGUGAAGUCAUCCAACGAUCACCACCGAGCGCUGGGCUGGUGCUACCUGGGCAUGGUACUGGAACGGACCCUGACCUUCGGGACCACGCCGAUGGGCGUGCACGACUGCGGCUACUCCGGGACUGACCCACUGGACUGCUACAGCAAGUCGAUCGAGCUGGCCAGGAUGCAGCCCCACGUCCUGAACCGCCUGGCCAAGAUCUUCCACUUCCUGGGCAAGGACGACCUGGCCACCGGCACCUGCAACAUGGCACUGGACCUGCUGCCAGCACCCGAAAAAAACUGGCAAGCCUACUGCACCCGAGCCAAGAUCCACGUGAAGGCUUACCUGCGAGACCUGGAGAGAGCCAAGGCCGGGCUCGGUGGGCUGCCGGACCGCGGACACCUGUCCAGCGCCAAGGCCGACCUGGAGGGGGUCGUGCGCGUGUGCCCGGGGCUCAAGGCCUUGGUGGACAUGGGUCAGGUUUACUACUACAUGGGCGUGGACGCCGUGCAGGAGCUGCUGGCAGUGGACGAGGGGGCGCUGGACACGGCCCUGGUGUUCCUGGCCCGGGCGCUGGAGCUGGACCCCGGGGACGCACUGCCCGAGGUGCAGCUGCUGCGGGGCAAGUGCCUGCGCACCAAGGGCGAGGAGCGGAACGCGCUGCAGUGCUUCAAGCGAGCCAUCGAGCUGGACGACGCGGGCUCCGCGCUGACCGAGAGCUUCCGCUGCCUCGUGGAGACGCUGCUCGGGUUGUUCGGUCAGGGCCGGCUCGGCGCCCGCGAGCUGGGCCGCGAGCUGGACGUCUGGCUGGACGAGGCCGGGCGCAAGUACCCGUCCGGCCAGUUGCGGCGGGAGCUGCGCCUGGCAGUCCGGAGCCACACCACCGAGGUGGUGGCCCUGGCUAAGGACCUGGUGGCCCAGGGACAGUUGGAUCUGGUCCGGCUGCUGUUCGACACCGUGGGUGGGGGGCCAGACCGGCCGGCCGGGGGGGACCUCUCCGUCUGAGGCUUGGGUGGCCCCGAGGCCGGGUGGCCCUCAGGGUCUCUCUAUCCCCACCAGACCCCGUGGCCAGAGGUGAUCCGGAGUUUGCAUGUGGCCAGAACGCGCCCACCCUGAAUGGCGUCCCAUCUCCACAGGAGAACUGUGGCCUCGGUUUCCCCUCCUGGAGACGGCAGCCUCGGUUUCCCUCCUUGAAGAAGUGACCUCGCUUUCCUCCUGGAGGUGGCAGCCUCAGUUUCUCCCCUGGAGGCAGUGGCCUCAGUUUCCCCCCAAGAGGUGGCAGCCUCACUUUUCCCCCAUCAGCCCUCCGGAUCGCCAGCGCUGAGGAGACCCCUGCCCUUUGCCCCCCAAGGUCAGGGUCUCCGCCGGCUUGCUGCUUUCCAGACUUCGGUGGGGGUGGAUGGGGACCGGGGGGAGCUUGAAUGGAAACACUGUGCACAACUCUAUGCUGGGAGUUGUGGCUGGGAGUCUGAUUCCUCUUCACCAACCCCUUUUCCAUCCACCGGCCCUCCCCAGGCCUGUGGUUUAUGGAGAAGCGGAGAGUGGGAAGAGGGGUGCUCACCGUCUACUUCUGGGUCUCGCCAGCUGGACCCCCGCACCUGUCCCUGUGGACAGAGCGCUGGGUGGGAGGGGUUCACUGAAGGGGCAGAGGACUCUACUAGAUGCCCACUGGGAGCAGAGCACUGUACUAGGCUGCUGCUGGGGGCAGAGCACUGUAUUUAGUGCUCACUGGGGACAGAGCACUGAUUUAAGUGCCCGCUGUAGGCAGAGCACUGUAUUAAGUGUCCACUGGGGGUUGAGUGUUGUACUGGUCGCCCCCGAGGGCAGAGCACUAUACCGAAUAUACAGGAGUAUUAAACAGAGGAGGCCUCUCUCCUCAAGUUGUUUUGGACCCCCUA